CGUGACACCUUCCCCUCUCCAUCUGCUCCACCCUUUCCCUUCUUUUAUUUCUUCAUGAGCUUUCAUUUCUCAUCUUAUCAACUCAUUUUCUUUCAGCCUUCUCCUUCUUCUUCUGUUGACAAUGGAGGACGCAAUGGGUGCCACGUGGUCCGACGGGUCGGAGGAAGAGCUUGUGAGAGAGCUUCUGGACAAUGAAACACCAUUCUUUGUGCUACCAGAGGAGGCUCUACAAUCCCAGAUGAGUGUUUCCAAUGAAGAUAGUGUUGUUAAUCGGUUCAUCCCGACCGUCUAUUCUGGUCCAACAAUCAAAGAUAUCGAGACUGCUUUGUCUGUCACCACUGGAACAAUUCAACCCCAAGAACUUUCACCGGCUAGGCUCUCAACACUGGAAAGGGGUUUGAGCAAAGUUGAGCAUAAGUACACUCUGAAGAUUAAAAGCUGUGACAAUGGAGCAAUGGCUGAUGAUGGCUAUAAAUGGAGGAAGUACGGGCAGAAAUCCAUUAAGAAUAGCCCAAAUCCUAGGAGCUAUUACAGGUGCACAAACCCAAGGUGCAGUGCUAAGAAGCAAGUUGAGAGGUCCAGUGAGGACCCAGACACACUCAUCAUCACCUAUGAAGGGCUCCACUUACACUUUGCCUACCCAUUUUUCCCACUCAACAACCAGGCCCAGAACACCAGCCCACCUAUGAAGAAGCCUAGGAACAAAACCUCACAGCCACGCACAGAAGACCGUGAACAUGAAGCCCAAGAGAGCCCGCGAAGCAUUACCCCUGACCCGGACCCGGAUCUGCAGCCCGGCCCAUUCCCCGACCAACAUCAAGAAUUUGUUGAAAAAGAGCCGAGCACACAAGGGUUGCUUCAAGAUGUGGUGCCAUUUAUGAUUAGGAACCCUAAUCCAUCAAGUGCUUCUUCAAAUUCUUCUUGUUCCUCCUACCAGUCGUCUCCAACAUCUCCUUCUUCUCUAUCAUGGGCUACUUCGUAUUUCGAUGUUGGUUUUAAUCAUAGCUGUGGAUGAAUGAAUUCAUAUUGUUAUAGUCUAAUCAUCGUAGUUAAUUAUUAUAUAUGUGAAAUAUACAAGGAGGUACAAUAAUGAUAUGUAUGUUAAAGUCCCAUGUAGAUUUUAUUGUCGAUAUCAUAAGGCAAUA